UUGCUUCAGGCUCUUCCCUGGAGAGGUUAUACGGGAGAGUUUAAGAAAGUUUGGGGCCUUUUAUACCUUUUUUUUUUUAUCUCCCCUCUUUUUUUUUAAAUCCCGUGGAUCCAGCAGGUCACUUUUUCCGUUUCAUCCAUGUGUAUAAACGUGUUGCUGCUCGUCGCCGCCCUGUCUUCUUGCGCAGGAACAGCAGCCUCAGCAAACAAUGUACCAAAGAUCGUAGCCUCUGCAGGUGAAACUGUCCUCCUGCCCUGCAACAUCACCCCUAGUGGAGACGUCCCAACAGUGGAAUGGACCAGGGAGGGUUUACCUCCAGAUAUUGCCUUCCUGUACCGGCAGGGAUGUGAGACCUUUGAGAUGAAGAAUCCAGUCUUUCAGUACAGAACAAACCUCAUCAGGAAUGAACUUCACCAUGGAAACCUGUCAAUGGUGAUAUCCAACGUGCAGCCAAGCGACAAUGGAAAAUACCAGUGUGCGAUUCGAAGACAGGAGAAAACUGUCAUUGCAAUACUGGAGCUGUUUGUAGGUGCUGUUUCUGAGCCGAAACUCUCAGUUGUUCCAGAUAAGGGAGGUGGACUGACUCUGCAGUGUGAGGCUAAGUGUUGGUUCCCUCAGCCUCUGAUUACAUUUCUUGAUGAUCAGGGAAAAGAGAUCAGUGCUGAAGACCCAAAGAGAGGUGACGAAUCCCAGUGGUGCCUCACAGUCACAAGAAGAGUGACUCUACAGCAGGGGGUCACCUGCAGAGUCCACCAGCCUGAGAUAAACACAACCAGGGAGUCAGAGAUUUACAUACCAGAUGAAUGCAUGAAGUCCUCCACUCGAAUCAUCAUAAGCACUGCUGUUGCGACGACCUUCAUUGUGUUCACACUAAUCUGUGCUCUUGCGCUCUUUUUAGUCAUAAGAGGUUACUUGUCUGUGGGAGGACAAAAAUCGAGCUCGGAGAAAGAUGAGUUAAUCAAACAAUUAACUAAAGAGCUGAAUGACCUCAAAUCCAGGCAGAGUCCAACACAACAGCCCAGCCAGUCCUCAAAUAACCCUAGAUCCUCACCAGGCACCUCAAAGCGUGACAUCCCACCCCCACCAAAGUCUCCCUACCACAGCAAGCCCUUUAAGCCAGCAUCCUCAGCCAACAACAACAGUCCUGUCGCUUCAGGACAAAAUCCAGCACGCAGCCCACAGAUGAGAAGAAGCAGUCACGGCAGCAGUUCUGCUGUCUCAAUAACUAAUGGUGCUGCGUCAUUCAAUCCUCCAGAUUCAAAAGACAAACCUCUUCCCCGUUCGACGAGUCUGUCUGAGAAACGGUCUCGUAAUGUCAUUGCAAAGUCUCCACGCAGGAAUACUCUCUCGGGCAUUUCCAACAACCCCUACGGUGUCCUGGCAGAUUUAUCAGAAGACGAAAAUCCGCUGAUUGGAUAAAGAGGGACAACCAAAUGUGAUCAGACAGCUUUUAUAUUUGUAUAAAUGAAACAAAACAUCUCAGGUUAGUGACUGAAUCUUAGUAAAAGCUGUCAGUUAGAUGGGAGUUUGGGUGGUUUGAAAAAGAAAAAAGGAAAAGUAACGUAUAGGGCUGUGCGAUAUGACCAAAAUCUCAUAUCCCGAUAUAAGAAUUCUAUCGUCCCGAUAACGAUAUAAAUCACAGAAAUGUAACAUUUUCUGUAAAUUCUGUGACUCUCGGGCAGCUCGUCUUGCGGGAAGUGUUUCCAGCUGCGUGUUUUACCCGAUGCAUGAAACGAUACAUUUUUAGACAUAAGUUGUAACGGCCGCCGUUUUCUUUGUGAGUAUUUAUUACACGGCGUGCUGCGGGGCAAAGCCUAUUCUAACGUUUUAGUCUCAGGUUUAUUUUUUAGCACCUGGCGGCUCUGUUUUACUUCUCAUCCGUAAAUAAUCUGCUCUUUCACGUGAUUCAGUUUAUUUUGAAAAGUCUCAACAGGAUCUUGAGCUUUAUUGUGAAAAGUUUAUGUGGAACAUAAACAAGCGGACAUGCGAUGCUGUUACCAUCGUUGUUGCUAACCACACCGCAUAAAAACAGGCGCUUGUCCGUCCGUAGUGUGGUUAUAUAAAAUAUAAGAGAAAGAGAGAACUUUAAGAAAUUAAUAUAGCCACUACAGUGACCAUCAAAACGAUGAAAAAAUAUUGACGUAAACAGUUUAUUUUGCGACACCACGAAACAAACGAUAGCGUAAAAUGAAACGAUAGACGUUUUUAUAUCGUCAUCCGAUAUAUAUCGUUAUAUCGAACAGCCCUAGUAACGUACGUGUACAGAAUUCUUCCCACUGAGCCUCUAAAGCCGGCUGAAUCAUCAGCUUUGAGCAGCAAAGAUCAGAGCAGCUUACUCUAAACCUUUGCAGCUUGAGAGUGAUCCAUAUUUUAAUACCUACUACACAAGCCUGCUUAUAAGAAAAGUUUUAGUGCAGUCUAUUUAUAAAACAGAAACUUGCAAUAAGUUGGGGAAAUAACCUUGUUAUAAACACUUGUUUUGAUAGUCUUAACUUGCACAGACCUUUAUUUUUUUUAAAGUAUUUUCUCAGUUACACCUGUUGGAUUAAGUGCUUGUUGACCACCACUAUUCCUGCAAGACGCUCACAUUCAGUCACAGUUUAUGGGUCAGAUUGACCCUCAUUUACUAGUUUAUUAACAGCAUGUCGACACAAAUCUGUUGUGUGUAUGUGUGUUUCACACACAAAUGAGUGAUUUAACCCCAUUUCCAUACAGUUUGUUCAUACUUUACGAACAAAUUAAGGCAAGCACUGCCAUAGGAAAUGUAAAAAUUUAAAAUGAAUAGCAUUUUACCACUACUACUACCGGUGUAUAUAUAUUUUUUACUUGAGCCACAGUGAAUGUCGCAGUUCAAUGCAAUUAAAUUUCAUAUUUAUAAAGCACCAAAUCACAACAACAGAUUGCCUCAAGGUGCUUCAGAGGGCCCUCUGACCUUUCAGUGGCGCCAGUGUCCGGCAGCCUCGCCUCUGUCAGUGCGCCCCAGGGUGGCUGUGGCUACAAUGUAGCUGCCAUCACCAGUGUGUGAAUGUAUGUGUGAAUGGGUGGAUGACUGGAUGUGUAAAGCGCUUUGGGGUCCUUAGGGACUAGUAAAGCGCUAUAUAAAUACAGGCCAUUUACCAUUUAUAUUGUAAAGUAAAGACCUACAAUAAUAAGAAAUUGUGAAUUAUAUUCAGAGCCUCUGUUACUUCAGCCUUACAGUUUUUUCAUCACUAUGAUGGAAAGCACAGAUGCUUUAAGUGUUUACUUUUCACUCUUGGGAUUUUUUUGCUGGGAAUUAAAUUCUUGUUGUUUCGCACUUUUCUCUUUAAUGUGAUGUUUAUAAAUGAUGUUAUUUUGCAUUUGUGUUUCAUUACAGAGAUUUGACUGGUGGAGUUUUGUACAGUUUCCUAGUAUAAAAGUUACAUUUGUUAAAAAAUUGAUCGUGCUGCAGUCUUUGUGCAUGAA